UAUACGAUGGAUUAUGACCUGUCGUGCAGAUGGGUUCAGCGAGCAGUGUACCUAAUCACUACCUACUCAAGAAAAAAUGAACUCUCACUGUAAAAGUAGGGCAUCACAUUUCUCUCUGUUUUCAUCUGUUCCCACGUUCCUCCCUGCUAUUUUUUUUGUCCUUACAAUUUCGAUCCUAAUUCAAAGGAAUUGACUGAUAUUUUUCUCUCCUUGUAUCUAUCAUUGUUAAUGCGGGUCAAAUUGAAGAUGAAUUUGUGUAAUUCUGUACAGACCCGAAAGAAUGUUCACAAUUAUCUCUUCAAGGGGGAGAAAUUUCUUAACUUGGGAAGCCCAGGUUUUUUAUUGCUCUAUUCACUCUUUCUUACUCUGAUUUUCAGCUGCUACAUGCUUCAUUUUACCUUCACCCCAAUCCUCAAAUUCACAAGCAAACAAGAUUCAGCUUUUAUUCAUCAGUCUCAACCUCCUUCAGAUUACAACACGUCCAACUGUGACUUGUUGAAUGGUAGUUGGGUUGUAGAGCCGAAGGAUAAUUCCCUUUAUUAUACAAAUUUUAGCUGUCCAACAAUUCCUUAUUCGAAAAACUGUUUGUUGAAUGGACGGCCAGAUGAAGAAUUCAUGCACUGGAGAUGGAAACCGGAUGAAUGUACGCUUCCUCGUUUCGACGCCAAAACAUUUUUAACAUUUGUUAAAGGAAAGACGAUGGCGUUUAUAGGCGAUUCCCUCGCAAGGAACCAUAUGGAGUCCCUUCUCUGUAUUUUAUCUUCGGAAGAAAGUCCAAGAGACAUAUACAAGGAUGUUGAAGACAAAUUCAGAACAUGGCUGUUUCCUCGUCAUAACUUCACUCUCAUGGUCCUCCGCACUGAAUUUCUUGUCUUUGCUACUGAGAGAAUUAUCAAUGGUUCAUUCACGGGAGGAUUUGACUUGCAUUUGGACAAAUUAAAUGGAAAUUGGACCCAACAUUUACCCAACAUAGAUUAUGCUAUUUUCUCAGAUGGACAUUGGUUUCUUCGGCCUAAUUACCUUCACGAAAAUGGCAAUCUUAUUGGAUGUGUUUAUUGUGGGGAAGUAGGGGUUCAUGAUCUUGGCCCUGGUUAUGCCAUCCGAAGAGCAUUUCAAGCUGCUUUCAACUACAUAAAUAAAUGCGUUGAAUGCUCAGGUAUUGUCGUACUUUUAAGGACAUUCUCGGCGGGGCAAUUCGAGAAUGGAGCAUGGAAUGAAGGAGGAUUUUGUAACAGAACAAGGCCAUUUGCUAGAGAUGAAGUUAAAAUUAGAAAUCAAGAUUGGGAAUUUAGGAGCAUUCAAAUUGAAGAAAUUGAAAGAGCAAGAAAAGACGGAGAAAAAAAUGGGAACAUGUUCGAACUUAUAGACGUGACAAGAGUUAUGUUAAUGAGAGCAGAUGGACAUCCAGGAGCCUAUUGGGGCAAUAAAUGGAUGAAGGGCUAUAGUGAUUGUAUCCAUUGGUGCUUGCCAGGGCCCAUUGAUACAUGGAACGAAUUUUUAUUGGAAAUUCUUAGAAGAAAACUCCACACAUAAUUCCAUUGAAGUUAAUUAGUCAAGAGAAACAUUCUCAUUUUUAUCAAUUCAAAAUUUUGUUCUUUGGGUUGAGGUAGGGAGGACAUGUCUUAUGAGUAAUGAAAGUGGCCUUCAGCCUAAAUGAAUUAACAAUUGUAAAUGAUGUUAAAUUGAAAUUAAAAAAAUAUUGGGAUUAGUUGAACCAGUUGACUAUA